UUCUGGAUGCAGACAACUGUGUAUAUUGUUCAAGCUUAGAUGUUGCAAUCCUCCUCUAUUUUGGUUUGCCUGCCCAUUGUUGGUGCGCGUUUGCUCUUCUCACAUUCGGGCACGUACUCAUCUGGAAAACGGUGCAACAGCACCAUCCAGCCAAACAUGAUUCUCUCAUUUUGUAUUUAUCCUUUAGAGUUGUGGAAUCGAUUUUUUUUUUUUUUUUUUCGUUUGUCCCUCUUUUUUUAUGCUUCAAUUUCUGUCAUCCCUUGCCGGGGGGGAGACACACGAUAGACAUCAGCUGUUAGCCAGAAUCAAUUGCUUCAAGCAGCAAACCGACGACCUCCACAAUCGCCCAUGAGCUUCUUCCCAAGUCGUCUCGUUUUGUUACUAUUGCCGAUGACCAGAGUAUCAGUAAAUCUUCUUCUUCUCAGGGCAUUGAUUCCCAACAGACAUAUUGAUUCGCGACUUCUCUCCCGUGCACAUUGACUGGCCUUGGGUGAGGGCCAACAUCUGCUUGUGCCAGCCGGAGGGAGAUAUGCAGGAGACAGCGCACUACAUGCACUAAAGAUUCAGCACUCCGAUUGAGUUCACAAGGGUAACCCAGCGGUCCAAAUAAAGUCGGAAGCUUCCAUCCGAAAUCUACCUUAUAGUAG